UUCACCAGUUGAUAAGUGCCUUGGUGACCUUCAAAACUACGCGGUGUUUUGGCUCCAGGAGCUGUGUUGGCGGGAUGAAUAGUGUGCUGACUCGUGGUCGACUAUUCUGCUCGUCGUCCGAUUCGGACCAAGAUCCCUUCGAAAAUGCAGUCAUUAGAGUUGGUGAUGAUUUUCAGGCCAACCUCCCUUCGUUCAGAGACGAGUCACCUUCAAAUCAUACAGAUCCACUACAUCGUGGAAUCCUGAUGUGGCGUCCGAUGCCCGAGAACCGUAAUGAACGAUUACAGAAAUUCGUGGACACGGCUACCGAAAAUUUUGGAUAUUCAGAGGAGCAGGCUCUUGCUCUUCUCACAUGGCACGAACUCGAUUUUGAUCGGGCUUGUGCUGAUCUCGAAAAUCGAAAGCCCGUUAAAAAUGCUUGGACCGACUCCGAGAGGCAAAUAUUCUUCGUUGCGAUAGAGCAUUAUCAUAAAAAAUUUCAUAAAUUAAAAGAGCUUUUUCCCAAUCGCUCAGUAAAGGAACUGAUACUCUUCUACUACUUGAACAAGAAAAUCAGACAAACGUUACAAGAGAUGUGUCUUUAUGGAACUAAAUGGUUUUGUCUGAUCGAAAGUGGUUUGGUGAAGCCUGCCAUGAGGCUGCCACCAAAUUAUAAGUCAUAUUUUGCUGACCAGACAUAUGACAAUUACCUCGAUUUGAGCGAUCCACUUGAUGCUGAAAUAAAGCGACAUUUGGAUAUGUUAAAUGGAGUAUUUGAAGAAUCUGACGAAUCAGAUAGUGAUACAGAAAACAGUGCCUUGAGUACUGAGUCAGACUCCGAGGCAGAAGUGUAUCCACCAUAUUUAUUAGCCGAUUUGGAAAACGUAGAACAACAACAAGCUGGUGAUAUACAAAAUAAUUCAAGAAAAGAUUCUGUAAAUCCUAGUCGUAGCCGUCAGAGAUCCUAUGGUAAAGGUCGGGGUUCAGCCAAUACAACUGUGUUAUCUCAAUAUUCUCUAAAUUUACCUACUGGUGAUUUGAUGAAUACACCCAAUCGUCUGUCUGCACGAAGACAUGCACGCUUCGAAGAGGAAAUAGCUGCUGCUGCCGCGGCGGCUGCUGCAACAGCUUCUUGUAGUAUUCAAUCAAAUGGAGCAAACAAGGAUAUAGGUCCCAUUAAACUUAGUUCUCGCAGAGGAAUUCUGUCUAAAAGAACGCCUUAUGAUUCAAGAACAAGAUUACCCCCUGGAGUUUAUUAUUCACACAAAGAGUUCCUGCGUAUCUUUAAUUCUACCCCAGAAGAGAACGCUAAAGAGAUGGACGAAUUGAAUGCUGCAAUACGUGAUUUAUCCUAUCCACUGGAUGAGCGAAUUAAAGAACUUGCUGAAAAGAAGAAGAAAUUGCUUGACGGUAUUUCAGCUUUCAAAACUCCUGAAGUGCCAAUAGUAAGUUAACCUAUCGAUUAUUGCUGUACAUUUGUUUUGCCAUCAUCAUGAUAUCUGUGUUUAGUGCUCUUAAGGAUCAGAAAAUGCAUAAUAUUGUACAUUACGAUCUCACAGAUCAUCCAACUGAGAUUUGAACAGCAGGUAUUGUUAUCUUAUUCAUCCACAUGGAUAUGUUGCUGACACACAAAGCUUUAUACACUGGCCUACAUUGUGAAAAUACAAUUUGAUUUCCACUUUUGUUAAAUGUGAAAACUCAGACUGUUGCACUUUUGUAUAGAUUUCCACGGUGAACUCAGUCGGUUGGCUUUUUAUGUCCGUUUAGUCAUCGGCAUAUAUGUGCGCGGAGCAGAGUGCGGUUUCAGAAGAAGCAGUAGCUAGUAGUCGUCUACUGCCUUCCUUCACUGAUAGAUUAUGGUAACGUUAUCCGUUCGAGUCCAUCGUUGGUUCAGUGGUGUGUGGGGGGUCCCUAGGUUAGACAGUGUUAUUCCCUAUGUUUGAAAUUGGCACUAGCCAAGAAGAAAUGAUUGUAUAGAGACGAAGUGUUCAAGAUGAUAAACGCUGCCACUUCAUCAGGAUGGAACUGUAUGGUUGCCAUCAUUGUAUGCUGUUUCGACUGGCGCAAUUCCCGUACUUAUGCACUGAACUAAUAAUGGGCUGCUCUAGCGAAUUGAUUGUUGGAUAGUCCUUCUUGUAAGUCUAACCGAAUCUGGUGUGAUACAAUAGUGUCGAUAUUCCAACAGCUUCUUAUCGACAAAUAUCAUUCAAUUUUAUGUAUUAUAGUAUUUUCGUCUUCUGUAAUUUCCACUAUGUUUUCAUCCUUUACCAUUAUUUUUUUUAGCUUACAGGAUUCAUUUUUCAGUAUAUGACCAUUUCAUAUUUAUGUUUUCACAUUUAUAUGUCCUUGUAGGAUCCUCAUUGGAGCUCGGUGGAUGUUCGAAUGCUUACAUACCACGUCCUUGAACUGGGCCUCGAUUAUGAGGCGCUCGCUGAGCGUUUGCUCAAUAAAACACCAAAAAUGGUGGCGGCAUAUGUGGGAAUGUAUGGACAACAACUUAACCUUUAUCAUUUAGCAGCACUGAAGUCAUUAGAAUCCCUCUAGAGUUUUUUUUACUACUAACAUUAUUAUUAUUAUUCGUAAUAGUAGCAAUACUGUUGAUUUUCCUAUUACUAAUAGUAGUAAUUCAGAACUGAAUAUGUUUAAAUAUUUCUUCUAUAACAUAGUCACCCUUGAGAUAUCCUUCUUUCGUGUAUAUCACCCAUCCCCAGCAGGUAUUGUGAUCAUCAAUCCACUAGAACAGAACAAGAAACUUUAUUUUUUUACAUUCUCUUUAAAUAUUUCCCUUUCAUAUCGUUUUAAUGCAUUUACACCACAUGGUGAGAUUAUAUAUCAUUUUAUAACCUGUA